AUGAAGUACCUUUUGGUAGCUCAUUUUGCCGUGGUGGCCCAGUGCUGCCUGUUUGCUGCAGCCGCACACGCCCACGGGGACCCCGACUCGGUUCUCGAAGCAGCUCUCCGUCCGUUGUAUAGUCAACUGGACGUCUUUCGAGACCAACUUGACGCGGUCAAAGUGCUUGUUCAUGUCCCCUGUAAGAAAGAUGUUUUGGAGUGCUCUGAGGCUGGACCCCUUGGGAUGGAAGAUGGUCGCAUCCCUAAUGCAAGCAUCACAGCUUCGUCAUUUUGGGGCAACCUGGCCGACCAUGCACCCAGAAAGGCUCGGCUUAACACUGAAGUCUAUGCUGCUAGCUGGGUUAGUGCAGGAAGUAGUGACCCAAAUCCGUGGAUUCAAGUCGACUUCGGUUGCAUUGUGAUCAUCACUAGCCUCAUCACUCAGGGGCGUGGCGAUCAACGUGACCGUCAAUGGGUGACUGAGUUCCAGGUUGCGUAUAGCAACGAUGGCCAGGAAUGGACUAACGUCAACGCAGAAGGAGAAAGUGCACCGACAAAGUUCCCUGGAAACUCAGACAGAAAUACGUACGUGACCACCACUUUCCCGAAGGCUUUCCAGGCCAGGUUCCUGCGUAUCCUGCCUACUCAGUGGAGCGUGCACUGCAGUAUGCGCUUUGAGGUCAUCGGCUGCAAAAGUCAUGAGUAA